UCACAAUCUUAGCUUCCUUCAUAUCCUCCCCAUCCCUUCCAUACAACAGACUGAAAGCCAGUAGAGAGGCCCAGACGAUGGACAAGGACCCCUGUUGCCCAACAGAACAGAGGAGAGAGGACAUAAAAGGAACUGGCUGAGGGUCAGCGAGGCAGAGGAAGGAGGAUGGAGCACUUCACAAAGCUGCUGCUGUUGGCCGGUGCCACCGCUGUCCUUCCACCACGAGUUUUGCCUCAGCCCUCCCUAAGCUAUGAGAAGGCCCUUUCUGCAGUCAUUCACUUCUACAACCAGGUACCUGGGAGAGAGAAUGCGUUCCGGGUAUUGCAAGUCCGUUCUCCUCCAUCCAUUCAGCCUCUCCAAGAGCAAACCCAGAAGCUUCUGAGUUUUACCUUGAAGGAAACUGUGUGCCCAGUGACUGAGGAGCUCCCACUGGACCAGUGUGACUUUAAAACAGAUGGGCUGGUGAAAGAAUGUCAAGGCUCAGUAUCUAAUGAACAGGACAUAGCUGCCAUCAUCCUAACCUGUGACCCAGUGCCCCCGGAGCCGCUUCGCUUCAAAAGAAUACGUUGCCCACCGAGGAUAUGCAACGUUCAUAACCUCCUUAGAUCCUUACAUUCAACGAUGUGGAAGGGCAAGUUAAUCAGCUUAUCCUGACCUGCUGUAUCCCCAGUACAGCCAGCAUAUGCCUUCCCCCGGCAUUAUUUACCUUAUUUUCCAUUGCCUUCUCCCAGCAAAACAUAAUGUUGAGCAAUGGGGACUGGUCCAUGGGCAAAAACCUCAGAAGCUAUCUCGCCAUGUUGAAAGGGAUGAGGAGGGGGCAGCUAGAUGGCGCAGUGGAUAGAGCACUGGUCCUGGAUUCAGGAAUUCCUGAGUUCAAAUGUGACC